UUGCUUCUCUCCAAGUGCUUUUUGAUGUCUGACUUUGCCGACGACGACGACGUCUUUGAAGACGCGCAAGACCUCGUUGAGGAAUCACCUGCUGAUGUCCAUGCUGCUGCUCCUGUCGAGCCCAGCCCAGCGGCUCCAGCGACUCCAGCGACUGAGGCUGACGACGAGGCUGACGAGGCAGUUUCAGAAGUCGUCGCGACAGUGCACAGCACACCUGCUCCAGCAGCCACUGCCACCGCACAGGUUGAAGAAACUCAUUCUGCGACUGUCGCACAAGAGCCGUCGCAGCCAGAGCCAGGGCCAGCAGCCGUCAGCGUCGACGCACAGCCUGCCCAGCAUGAGCCAGCACCGAGUCCUCCUCCUCCUGCUGCUGCUGCUACUGCUGCUGCUGGUACUUCUACUCCUGCCACAGUCGCUGAAUCAAACUCUCAAACUCCCACCGAGUCAAUCGUGGCACCGAGCUCCGAGCCAGAGACAGCGCCCGCUGCACCCAAGGCGCUCAAGCAAGCAGAGCCGGUCUCGCCCGAGCCAACCCCGACCACCACUCAAGUCGCACCGACCGCUCAAAGCACUCCUUCGACUGUACCUGUCGAUGCACCCGAGCUGGCGGUCAAGCAAGCUGCUCCUCAAGAACGUGCCUCAAAGCAAGCCGAGCCAAUUCAGACUGCUCAAAACACUCCUCCGACUGUGCCUGUCGCUGCACCUGCACCAGCACCAGCACCAGCACCCGCCGCCGCUUCGAACAACGCUGGCUGGGGCAGCUGGGGCAGCUGGGGAAGUGUGUGGUCUGCCGCCGCUGCUACGGUCACCUCCGUCACCGAGACUGCGACGAACCUCAGUGGAAACAUUUCCAAAAUCACCCGCGAGGCCAUUGAGAGCGUAGAGGGCUCGCUCAACAUUCCCACGCCCGAGCAAAUGAGCCGAAUGGCGGAGGACACUUCGUCGAACAGUGCUAGUUCGGCGCCGCCUGCUGCCACGCCAUCAACAAGCAGCCCAGCGCCUGAGCCAACUCCAGCCAAGGUUGCGACCCCUGUAGCAGAGCAGUCCACCGCGUCACCGUCGGCGGCAAGCUCUUCCAGCUUGUUUGGCGGCUGGGGCCUUGGAUCGGUGCUGGAAAAGGUGAAAACAGUGGUGCCAGUCGACACCACCGGCCUGGAGGCGCUGGGGCAGAACGUCAUGUCGCACGGCUUGGUUGCUCUUGAAACCAUCGGCAAGCGAACCAUCGACGCCAUCACGGAACAAGGUGGGGAGGGCGCCUCUGUGCGUUUGCGUGUCCCAGGCGCAGGCCCUCGCCCGACCCUGUCCCAGCUGCUGCGCGACAGACGUGCCGAGUCCGACGGCCUUGCCGGAGGUCUUGCUUCCGCGCAACAACAAAAAGCAGCCGCGCUCGUGUCCCUCAGUGCCAUGCUCGACAAGUACCAGGGCCUGGUGCAUCUUGAAGCGUUGGAAAUGCUGACGACAAACUGCACCGUCAAGGUUCAAGCGGCCCAGACUGGAUUGGCUUCGCAACAGCUGCUCGAAGCGCACUCCAAGCUGGACCGGAUCCGGAUGGUGUUGGAUCUUGGCGAGGAGUUGACAGAUUCGAGUGCCAUUGUCUAUUCCGCUGACAAGUUCCUCGAGGAGGCCACAGCUCUGAUCGAAAAGCUUGGAUACGAUCGCAAUGCCACUCUGGUUCACCGCCUUGCAGACGCUCAAGAAGCCAUCUUUGGAGAGCUUCGCGAUGUUCUUGAUGAGGAUGUGCCCAACGCCGUUUCUGUUUUCCAGAUCUCUUCACUCACAUCCGAGCUUCAUCAACAAACAAUCGACGCCAUCGCCCGCAUCACAUCGUUGGCGCUCGAACACAUCCGCAAGCUCGGAGAAAGCUUGCUGUUGCAGCGUCUCGAGAAGGAGCGACAAGUGUCGACCGAACGCGCAUUUGCCAACGCUGCCAUGGCUCGCAAUCUCGUUGCCCUCUUCCGCGAGCAUUUGGUUUCCGCUCAACAGCAGCACUCGUCUGGUCUUGCGACGCUUGCCAGGGCUGCAUCUGAAGCCGCUGGCGAUAACAAGGAUGUCCAACAGCAAGUGGCGACUGUUCAAAACAGCGUGCAGACCGAAGCUCAGGAUGCUACGUCCUACUUGCACGACGCGCUGUUGUUGCUCGUGCCAAUGUUUCAGUUGCACAUCACAGACGGCAUGGCUGCGACGUCUCCCGAAUCGCCAUUGCUUUAAAAGUCCUUCUUCUCCAAAACCAUAUUUUCUUCUUUGAUUGGAGCAGCAACAAACAAAACCCCGUGCGAUUCAUUCACCAUCAAUAUAUUUUAUUCCUCUCCAACA